AUGGUCGAUCGGAAUGAGGAGUCGUUGCCGCAGCUGAAGAAAUCACGAACUAUAACCGGCGACGAGGCAACCCCAAUCUUCCCGGGCCCACUGUUCCCAGCGGUUCGACGCAACGCUUCGGACCAGCGCGACUUCUCGGAGCGUGACUGGGUCUUUCCGUCGUUCGUGCUUCCGCAGAAUCCUUCGAAACGAAGCAGCAGCAACAAGCACCGCGCCGCCUCCUCCUCCGAUGCAUCCGUCACCUCGCCUCAGCUUGCUGCUGCUGCUGAGAGUAAGAAAAUUAAGUUGGUGACCCCGAGCGAGUUGACUCGCCCGAGUUCGCGGACCCGGACUCGAGAUUUGAAACCUUUUUCUUUGUUGUUAUUUUUGCUCACUUUCAUUUGUAUAUUAUCUGUACCUUAUGCAGUUUAUCUGCGGCAAAGAGUUGCAAAGCUUGAGGAAAUUUGUAUGGAUAAAAAUAUUGGUACAUAUGGCAAUAUUGAGGCUUCGCUGUCUGAUAACAAUCCGACAAUUUUGAGUUUUCCUAAUGCCGAAAGAAGAACUGUUGUUUUGUAUUCUGUGGUCUUUACCCUAGCCAUGCCAAUUGUGUUGUACAAACAUCUUGAUUAUUUUUCCCAUUUGACGAGCCUUUCAAGAAAGAAGAAUAACAAAGAGGAGGUUCCCUUGAAGAAGAGGAUAGCCUAUAUGGUGGAUGUGUGCUUUUCUGUAUAUCCAUAUGCCAAACUACUGGCACUUCUCUUCGCAACAAUAUUACUAAUAGGGUUUGGUGGAUUGGCAUUGUAUGCUGUCAAUAAAAAUAGCUUUGCUGAAGCCCUCUGGCUUUCAUGGACUUUCGUUGCCGAUUCUGGAAACCAUGCUGAUACAGAGGGCAUUGGGCCAAGGAUAGUUUCUGUCUCUAUCAGUUCAGGAGGCAUGCUGAUAUUUGCCAUGAUGCUUGGGCUUGUUUCUGAUGCUAUAUCAGAGAAGGUUGACUCACUAAGGAAAGGGAAGAGCGAAGUCAUUGAAAGGAACCACAUACUCAUUCUUGGAUGGAGUGAUAAACUGGGUUCGCUUCUCAAGCAGCUUGCUAUAGCAAACAAGAGUGUUGGUGGUGGUGUUGUUGUUGUACUUGCUGAAAGAGACAAGGAGGAAAUGGAGAUUGAUAUUGCAAAACUUGAAUUUGACUUCAUGGGUACGUCUGUUAUAUGCAGAAGUGGCAGUCCUCUUAUUUUUGCUGACCUAAAGAAGGUCUCAGUUUCAAAGGCGCGUGCUAUCAUUGUAUUGGCAUCAGAUGAAAACGCAGAUCAGAGUGAUGCACGUGCUCUGAGGGUUGUUCUCAGCCUCACUGGGGUGAAAGAGGGUUUAAGGGGACAUGUUGUUGUAGAGAUGAGUGACCUUGAUAAUGAGCCUCUGGUGAAGCUUGUUGGAGGAGAACUCAUUGAAACUGUAGUGGCACAUGAUGUGAUUGGGCGGUUAAUGAUACAGUGUGCUCUACAGCCUGGUCUUGCGCAGAUAUGGGAGGAUAUAUUGGGAUUUGAGAAUGCUGAGUUUUACAUCAAGAGGUGGCCUCAGUUGGAUGGUCUUCGUUUUGAAAAUGUGCUUAUUUCAUUUCCUGAUGCAAUUCCCUGUGGGAUCAAGGUGGCCGCAGAUGGUGGAAAGAUAAACUUAAAUCCAGAUGAUAAAUAUGUUAUAAAAGAAGGGGACGAAGUUCUUGUUAUAGCUGAAGAUGACGACACUUAUGCUCCAUCUGCCAUUCCAGAGGUAUGUGCUGGCCUUUGUCCAAACACUGUUGAACCUCCCAAAUACCCUGAGAAGAUAUUGUUCUGUGGCUGGCGUCGUGACAUAGACGAUAUGAUACUGGUUCUAGAGGCAUUCUUGCCUCUAGGUUCGGAACUUUGGAUGUUUAAUGAGGUUCCAGAAAAAGAAAGAGAGAAGAAACUUACAGAUGGUGGACUUGAGAUUUCUCGAUUGGAGAACAUAAAACUCGUUCACAGAGAAGGAAAUGCUGUGAUAAGACGGCAUCUAGAGAGUCUUCCCUUGGAGACUUUUGAUUCUAUAUUAAUUCUUGCAGAUGAAUCACUAGAGGACUCUGUUGUGCAUUCUGACUCUAGAUCCCUUGCCACUCUUCUCCUUAUACGAGAUAUACAGUCAAAGCGUCUUCCUUACAAAGAAACAAAGCCAACUUCCUUACGGUUAUCUGCAUUUUCGCAUAGCUCUUGGAUUUGUGAAAUGCAGCAAGCUUCUGACAAAUCGAUAAUAAUAAGUGAAAUUCUGGAUUCUAGGACUAGAAACCUGGUCUCUGUUUCCAGAAUCAGUGAUUAUGUGCUGUCAAAUGAACUUGUUAGUAUGGCUCUGGCAAUGGUUGCUGAAGAUAAGCAGAUAAAUCGUGUUCUUGAAGAGCUAUUUGCGGAGGAGGGGAACGAGAUGUGCAUAAAACCGGCUGAACUCUAUUUAUACGACCAGGAAGAGCUCUGCUUUUAUGAUAUAAUGCUUAGGGGUCGUCAAAGGCGGGAAGUUGUGAUUGGAUUUCGCCUUGCAAAUACAGAGAGGGCCAUAAUCAACCCAUCACAGAAAUCAGCAGUACGGAAAUGGUCUCACGAUGAUGUUUUUGUGGUCAUCUCCAUAAGUGAAUGAAAUGUCAUUUUUCGCAUGUAUUAAAUGGAGUACGGGUGUCAUCUGGACCUACCUGUUUGUCACUUCCCAACUUGAUACAGCAACUGAUUUAAUGAAUUCAAGGGUCUAGUCAUUGGCUUACUAUACUGGAAACGAAUGUUCUGGAUUCAUGGGGGAAGAGAUUUGUCGUUGUGCAGUGCCUGUUCAUAUUGAACAACAUGGUGUCAUCUCCCACUCGAGUUCUUUGUAGAUAGUCAGAAUGUCUAGUUGCUUAUAUGGAAAAGGGAUAUCUGCAUUGUAACUUAAAAUCAGAAUAUCUAGUUGCUUAUAUGGUGCAACCUGCAAGCAAUCCUUGUAGUUGAACAAUUCUGUCUAGCAUGACAGAUUGACAGAUUCUGUAUCUGUCAAUUUGUAUCGACAGCAUGUUCGUAUCGACAGCA